AUGGCGAAUAACACGUCCAAGGAGCGUGGCGUUCGCAUAGCCAUCGACCGAGGCGGCACCUUUACCGACUGCGUCGGCGAGCACAAUGGCGAGGAAAUCAUCAUCAAGCUGCUCUCCGAGGACCCGGCAAACUACAAAGAUGCGCCUCUCGAGGGCAUCCGGCGCAUCAUGAGCCAUUUCCUCAAGCGGGAGAUUCCCCGCGGCGAGCCGUUGGAUACCACGCAGAUUGACUCCAUCCGCAUGGGCACCACGGUGGCGACGAAUGCCCUGCUGGAGAGGAAGGGCGAGAAGAUUGCCAUGGUGGUGACAAAGGGCUUCAAGGACUGCUUGACGAUUGGGAACCAGUCGAGACCAAAGAUUUUCGACUUGGCGAUUCGAAAGCCAGAUGUGCUUUAUGAGCAGGUUGUGGAGAUUGAUGAGCGCGUCACAUUGGAGGACUAUGCUGAGGACCCGGAGAGGAAAAUCACAGAGGCUGAUGUCCAAGCGGGCACAAAGGAGGCCGAGGGCAAGGACCUCGUCAGGGGUCUAUCAGGCGAGACGGUCAGAGUGCUAAGACGCCCCGAGCACGACGACAUUCGGCAAAAGCUGCAGGAGGUGUACGAUUCGGGAAUUCGCAGUAUAGCCGUCUGUCUCAUGCACGGAUACACAUUCCCCGAGCACGAAGCUCUGAUAGGCAGGAUUGCAAAGGACAUUGGCUUCCAGCACAUUUCGCUGAGCCACGAACUGAUGCCCAUGGUCAAGCUGGUGCCGCGAGCAACGUCGGUUUGUGCGGAUGCCUACUUGACUCCCGCCAUUCGAAAGUAUAUCGACGGCUUCCAGGCUGGCUUUGAAGGAGGCCUGGGCACGGAGAGCGUCAAGCAUGAGAAGGGAGCCAGGGGCGCCAGAUGCGAAUUCAUGCAGAGCGAUGGUGGCCUCGUCGACGUCGACAAGUUUACUGGUCUCAAGGCUAUCCUGUCUGGUCCUGCGGGAGGCGUGGUUGGAUAUGCCAUCACGUCUUAUGACGAAGAGACUAGAAUUCCUGUAAUCGGAUUCGACAUGGGAGGCACAAGCACAGACGUAUCUCGUUACGGAGAAGGCCGAUACGAGCACGUCUUCGAAACAACCACCGCCGGCGUCACCAUCCAAUCUCCCCAGCUAGACAUCAACACCGUCGCUGCUGGCGGCGGCUCCCGUCUCUUCUUCCGCAACGGACUGUUCGUCGUGGGACCCGAGUCCGCCGGCGCACAUCCAGGCCCUGCGUGUUAUCGAAAGGGCGGCCCUGCCACCGUCACGGAUGCCAAUCUGUAUCUGGGCCGCCUGCUGCCGGAGUUCUUCCCCAAAAUAUUUGGCAAAAAUGAAGAUGAGGGACUGGAUCUGGAAGCGAGCAGAAAGAUAUUGCAGGAACUGACAGACCAGGUGAACCAGGAAACGGGAAAGAAACUAUCCGUGGAUGAGGUCGCAUUUGGAUUCCUGACUGUUGCAAACGAAACCAUGACGAGACCUAUCCGGUCCAUCACCGAAGCAAAGGGCCACGACACCUCCAAGCAUCGGCUGGCGACCUUUGGUGGCGCCGGUGGCCAGCAUGCCGUUGCCAUUGCAGAAUCCCUCGGCGUUGGCCAAAUCCUCGUUCACCGGUAUUCAUCGGUCCUAUCAGCCUAUGGCAUGGCUCUCGCAGACGUCGUAGACGAGCGACAGGAGCCAGACUCAUCCGUCUGGAAAGACGAUGGAAAAGUAGUCGGCGAGCUACAAGCCAAGAUGGAGAAGCUAAAGGACAAGUCGCGCACUGCCCUCAAGGAACAGGGCUUUGACGACAGCGAGAUUGUGUUUGAAGAAUAUCUCAAUCUGCGAUACCGCGGAACGGAGUCGGCGCUGAUGAUUAUCAAGCCCAGCAAAGAAGAAGUAAGGGCCAGCUUUGACGGCAAAGACUGGGCGUUUGGCAAAGCAUUCGUCAAGCAGCACAGGUACGAGUUUGGCUUCACGCUCGACGACCGGGACAUCAUCGUGGACGACGUGAGAGUCCGUGGUAUCGGAAAGAGCUUCCGCCAUCAGGAAAAGUCUGUGGACCAGCAGCUCAAGACAAUCAAGCGACAGGAAGCCUCUGCAAAGUCGCGGCACGGCGAACAAGAGGUUUACUUUGAGGGCGGCAGAGUCAAGACUCCAGUCUACAAGCUAGAAGACUUGAGCGAAGGAGACGUUGUAAACGGACCGGCUAUGCUGGCGGACGGCACACAAACCAUUGUCGUAACGCCGCGGACCAAGGCGCUCAUUACCGGAACACAUGUCGUGCUGGAUAUUGCAAAGAACGGUGCCAAAGACGAAUCUCAUCACACCGUCGAAGGCGAUCGCGAGGUCGACCCCAUCAUGCUCAGCAUCUUCGGCCACAGAUUCAUGGCCAUUGCCGAACAAAUGGGCCGCGCGCUCCAGAAAACAAGCGUCAGCACAAACGUCAAAGAAAGACUCGACUUCUCCUGCGCCAUCUUCGACGCCUCCGGCAAUCUCGUAGCCAACGCGCCGCAUCUCCCCGUCCACCUUGGAUCAAUGUCUCACUUGGUCCGUCGACAGGCCGAGAUCUGGAAGGGCCGCCUAGAGAAAGGAGAUGUCAUCAUCUCGAAUCACCCCUCAUACGGAGGAACCCAUCUUCCCGACGUGACGCUGGUGAUGCCCGCCUUUGACGCCAAGGGCGAGAACAUUCUCUUCUACGCGGCAUCCCGAGCCCACCACGCCGACAUUGGAGGAAUCAGCGCCGGUAGCAUGCCGCCGCACUCUCGCGAGCUGUUCCAAGAGGGAGCUUCCAUUAUGAGCGAGAAGCUGGUCAGUGGCGGCAAAUUUGAUGAGCAGCGGGUCAUCGAGUUGUUCUACAAUGAACCAGCGCAGUAUCCUGAAUGUAGUGGCACGCGAUGCCUUGCUGAUAACAUCAAUGACUUGAAGGCUCAAGUGAGUGCCAACAACAAGGGAAUUUCUCUCAUUGAGACUUUGAUUGAGGAAUAUGGCGAGGACACUGUUCAGUUUUACAUGGUCAAUAUCCAGAAGAACGCCGAGCUCUGCGUACGUCGACUCCUCAAGGAUGUCUACAAGCGGUUCGAAGGCAAAGAGCUGUCCGCCGUCGACCAUAUGGAUGAUGGAACUCCCAUUCAGCUCAAGAUCACCAUUGACCCAGAAGCAGGCGAGGCAGAAUUCGACUUUGAUGGAACCGGCCCUGAAGUGUACGGCAACAUCAACGCUCCCGAGGCAAUCACUUAUAGCGCCAUCAUCUACUGUCUACGCUGUCUCAUCUCCGAGGACAUUCCCUUGAACCAGGGCUGCCUGAAGCCAGUUCACGUCAAGAUUCCGCCCAAAUCUCUGCUCUCGCCGUCUGCUGGCGCUGCAGUCGUGGGCGGUAACGUCCUCACCAGCCAACGUAUCACCGACGUGGUCUUUAAGGCUUUCCAGGCUUGUGCCGCUAGUCAAGGCUGUUGUAACAACCUUACCUUUGGCUUUGGUGGAAAUCAAUCGGGCAAAGAAGCCGUUAAAGGCUUUGGCUACUAUGAGACCAUUGCCGGUGGCAGUGGUGCUGGGCCAGAUUGGGUCGGAACAAGUGGUGUACACGUCCAUAUGACCAAUACACGCAUCACAGACUCAGAGAUCUUUGAGCGAAGAUACCCGGUUCUCCUCCGAGAAUUUUCCAUUCGGAAAGGCUCCGGAGGCGACGGUCAGCACCGUGGUGGCGACGGUGUUAUUCGGGAUAUUGAAUUUCGCAUACCCCUACAAGUGUCCAUCCUAAGCGAGAGGCGCGUGUAUCAUCCAUAUGGCCUCAACGGGGGCGAAGAUGGCGAUUGUGGACUGAACCUGUGGGUCAGAAGAAUAGAGAAGACGACCUGGGAGCAAUCUCUCAAGAAGCUUGACGGAAAAGGAGAUGUAGAGCAGAUUGAAUAUGAAGAGCGACAUAUCAACCUAGGAGCUAAGAAUUCAGCUGCCAUGAAAGCAGGGGAGCGCAUCAUCAUACACACUCCAGGAGGCGGAGGUUGGGGUAAGCCAGGCAAAGAGAGCAAGGAGAGGAAGAGGGCAGACCUCACUGAGAGCUGGAGAAAAGGCAGCGGUGCAGCUAGAGACGAGGCUGCCUUGCAGGCCUAG